ACAUGCUGACGUUGAGAGAAAAGAAAGAAAAAAAAAAGAAGGAGGGAGCGAGGUGGAAAGCGGCGAAGGAAACACGAGUUAAUCUCGCUGACCGACGCUCGUCUGGCUGAGCCUGAAAGGAGUCGCUGGUUUGCAGCCGUUUUUUGAGGUGAGGCUACUGCAUUUUACUCCUGGAAUUAAGAAAGCCGUUUGAAUAGAACAGAAAAAGCAUCACUCUCAGCGCUCAUGCAGUCAGUAGAAAGCACCUCUUCUCAGGCGUCACCCGAUUGUCUAAACCUUGGGGACGAGGACUCUGAAGUCUUCCUGUCAGAGGAUGAGAGGUCAGAAGUCACUGGAGCUCACAGUAGAUCAGCCUUGCCCUCCUCUUCCUCUGGACUCGGAUGGAGCAGCACAGAGAGUGAGCGGGAGAAGGAGAACAAGACAGUCGGGGGCACAGAGGGAGACCUGCUGUUUGCCCAGAAAUGUUUGGAGCUUCAGGGUUUCAUCCAUCCACUUUUGGAACUUUUGAAUGGACUCAAGAAAGGACGAUUUGACAAAGGCCUAAGCAGUUUCCAGCAGAGUGUGGCCAUGGACCGAAUCCAGAGGAUCGUAGGAGUGCUGCAGAAGCCACACAUCGGAGAGAAGUAUUUGCCCACUCUGCUGCAGGUGGAGAUGAUGCUAAAGCUCUGGUUUCCUCAAGUGAGCCUUCAGCCUACAGGAACAAGAGUAUCUAGACAGCUUUCGGGACAGGGCCCAUCCAGCAGCAGCAGCACACCUCCGCACAAGCAGAAAGACCAACUGCACAUUCCGGUUAAGAAGCGAAGACUAAGCUGGUCAGACGCAGACUCUGCUCCUACUCCAAAAGGUCAGAAGAAAGAAGAACAAAGCCACUGUUUGUCUGUUAGCUCUGUGCCAGCAUCCCACAUAGACCAAUCUGACAAGAUCACCGAGGAAAAAUCAGGACCCAAGGGCCUCCAUUGGGCUGAGCCAGGCCUGACAUGGGUCCAUGUCGCCCCAAUCCUUUCUCCACCCAAGUCUUGUCCCUCUCUCAAUGUGAGAGAAGGUGGAGACAAAGACAUCAGAAAUGGUUACUUUGUACUUACACCUCCUCCUCCGGGCAGCAGGGGCAGUCCGGCAACGCAGGACAACUCCAUCUCCUCGACUACGCCCUGCUCCGAGCCAGUGACCUACCAAGUGCAGCCAGAGAUGGUGACUCAGACAGAGGGCCGGAGUCAGUCUCCUCCAAUCACAGAGGAGCUUUCAAGCUUAUUACAAACGUAAUGUGUCAGAAGCAAACACAGACAACAGAGAGACUUGUUUGGAAAACUUUUGAGGUAUUUUUUUUAAUGGUGAUUCUUUUUUUAAUUAAUAUUUUUAUGAACAUUUGGGCAGUGUAGCUUUUGCAAUUUUGUGCUUUGAAAAUUAUAAUCAAACGGCAGUGGAGGCCCAUAAAUAUCAGCAGUAGUGUGACUUGCUGAUUCAGCAGAUUCAGCUGAUCCUGUGUGUGUGUGUGCGUGUGUAUGUGUGUGUGCGCGCGUGUGUAUGUGUGUGUCCUUUUAGGACUUGGCUGUAGGCAUGUGUCGCUAUUACGUUACCUCAUACCAACAUUUCAUCAUGGUGGAUGAAAUCUUCAAAUAUUCAAUAACAAAAUUAUUUUGUUAUUUAGAAACAAAAAUUAAGUAGCAGUGUUUAUUAGGACAUCAGAAAUAAGAAGACCCAUGCCCACAAAUACACAGGACCCCACUUUUCCUGUCUGUAAAAUGUAGGUUUCCUUAUUUCAGAUGGGAAAUCAUAAGAGGGAAUGACAAAGGCAAAAAAAUUUCCAAUGACUACAUAGAGUAGCAGUAUUAGGAAAUGUAGGCCCAUGCAGGCUCAACUAACAAACAGUUAUUCCAGUUAUAACAAACUGCAAGAGGAGGCAGUUGUAAUAAAUUAGGUUGAUUUUAAUGCAGUUAAGAAGUAACAUUGCUGGAUAACCUUCUUUCGCUAGCUGCUCAGGGUCCAAUGCAUACAUACGUACAUAAUGAGAAAAGCCUGGAAAGUCAGAAUGUAAAGUUUAAUUUAACAGCAGAAGAAGUAGCUGAUCACAUUGAGAGCUGAUGUCGUACUAACAAGCGGCAUUUAUCAAGCAGAAUAUGAAAAAAAUUAUUUGUAAAUUAUUCCCAUGAGAAUUUGCACAUGAAAUGCAGUGAAUGAAAAUCCAAUUCAUUCAGAAAAAAAGUUUGUGUCCUAUGAGAGCUCCAGUUCAUUUGCAUGCAAGGAGACUCUCUACUGUGAACCUUGAUUGAUAGUAAUGGAAUGAAUUACUGAAUUUUUAUAUAGCAGUUACAUUAUUAGGGUUAAACAACAUAUUCAUUUCAAUUAUAGACACAAAUUUUGUCUUUCACAUUAAUGCCUUGAAAGGAAGCAAUCCUAAACAAAUCUAUAAAUUAAGACAAAUAAGGUUAGCCAUUCAAUUAGGACAAAUUAAAUGGCCCCCUAUAAAAGGAGGAAAGGUUAGUAUGUGUUUGUGGUAGCCGACACAAUGAAAUAGCUGAGCGCAUGCUGAGUUUAGUACAGGGGUUCCUAAACUAACUCACUUUGAAAUGUCAAAGACUGAUUUUCUAUGAUAAUAUUUUGAGAUGUUACUGGGAGACACAUUCAUACAAGGCGCAUUUCAGUUACUAGUUAUUUUAGUAUUUUUCAUUAUAAUGGCAUGCUGCAGUAGCAUAGUUUUGUAAUAAAAAUGGAUCAAUUUCCCUGGCCAUCAACAUCUGUUAAAUAUACUAAACAGACUGCAUACUUAUAUACUAUUCUAGUCCGUAAUUGAAUACUAACACUGUUGAUGUUUGAAUUUUAAAAACCUCUCAUGUCGCCUUCAAACGGAUUUGCCUACUGGAUUUUCUGACAGCAGCAGGAAGUUUUAAAUAGAGACAGAGCUUGUCGGUGUGUUUAACGUCACUGUGCGUAAAAUCGCUAACCAUUUUAUAGUUUGGUUUGAAAACCUGUUCAACAGGAAUGUUUUGGCUCUGACAUGACAUCUAGUGAAUGUCACUUUUACAUCUUCCAGAUGUACAAAAGAUACACAAAGACUAUUUGAACAAUGCACCUUGCAUUGCCGCUGCGUCUGCAAGAAUACACCUAAUCACAGAAUAACACAAAUAACCACAAAAUAACACACUUCCCACUAGACUGGCAAAUCGGUGCAAGGAAUGUUCCUUUGUUUUUUAGUCACCUACCUUACACCUACACUAUGUUACUAACAUAAUAAAUAUGUUCAAAUGUUACAGUAGUCCUAUAUUAUAAAUCUGGAGUAAACAAAAAAAAUAUAUAUAUAUAUAUAUAUAUAUAUAUAUAUAUAUAUAUAUAUAUAUAUAUAUCACAGAAAAUUCAUAAUGUCCAUUAUGGGGUCAUUUGGGAACCUCUGUUUAGGAGGUGCUCUUUCACUGUUUAGUUGUCAUUUUGUUUACAGCUCUCUCAGCUUUUUGCCUUUUGUGGUGUUUUGUGGGUGUCACUGAAUGUAAAUUCUACAUAUGUAAAAUGUUACCCUUAGGGUCUUUCGCUAUGAGGAAGUCAUCAAACCAAAUGCUGUGUAAGCAGGACUAUUAUGAAAUUUUCGAUUAGGUAAAAAAAGGGAGAAAAGAAAGGAUCAGGCCAAGAGUUGGCAUAUGAAGCAAAUGUUGUGCAAAAGGGAUUAUUAAGAAAUGAGAAAGGAUUCACAAAAAAGGAUAAAAGCUGCAAUAAGUGAGGAAGGGAUUUAGAGGCCCAAUAAAGGAAGGAAGAGUUGUCGUGAUACAGAAAGGGCUAGGGCAAAGUCAUAUGCUGCAUUCAAAUAGAGGUCAUAAUUCCUGACAUCCAACCAGGAAAAAACAAUGGAAACAACUCAGAAUUCCUACUUGUGACCUCGGGAUAGUCUUCUCAACUACAGUUCAGCAAGUGAUGUCAAAUCAAUGGCUGCGCACAGCAUCAGCAAUAAACAAAGUAGCACUUCUGACCUCUAAAUGAGUUGUGCUGUAUAUACAUGUAUUUGCUUUAGAUCUAACAACAUGCAGACAUAUUCGCUUCUUAAAUCUAUAACAUUGACAAUUUUUUGUAGAGGAAAAUAUACAUCACUCAUCACAGUUAGCUGGUUAGCUUGUUGCUAACAAAAGACGAACAUGGAGGCAUGCAUGGUUUUUCCCCACUUUGUAGAUUGAAUGCCCAGAGGUCGAAGAUGGCAUCAUUCCAAGCUCAGACUUCACACUUCAGAGCUAAGUCGAAUGCAUCAAUAGGUCUCAUCUUGAAGCAAAUGUUAUGCACACAGAAGAAUAAGUAAGAAUAAGUGCAGUAGGUAGGGGUAUGAUACGGUUCUGGAAACCCAAGGUCAAUGGGGUGAAAGGUCGAGUCAGGAGAACCAACAUGGAGCAAAUGGUGUGAAAAAGGGAUCUGGUUUUCUCAAACCAGUCCCUGAUGUUCUGUAUCUCUGAUGUUGAUGAUCCUUCAGGCAGCACACUAAUAGCAGGCCUUCAGUGGUCUUGGAUCUUGACGGUUGGUUUAGGGGCAUUGAGGGCAAAAAAUAGACCAUUUGGGAAACACUGGAAUAAAUGGAGAGAAAAGAGAGGAAUGAUUGUACAGUUUCUGUAUGUAGACAGCUAGAGGUAAGGGCAGGGUCAAAGGUCAGAUCAGGUUUUCCAUGUUCAAGCAAAGAUUGAAGGAAAAAGAGAUAAGUAUAAAUGGGGCAAUAAGCUAGAAGGAGAAAAGGAAAUCCAAGAGCAGUGGGGUGAGAUUUCCACUAUGAUACAAAUGGUGUGCAAAUAGGAUUAUAAAAAAGAAACAGAAGAAGAAGCAUUAAAAAAAAUGCAAAAGGCCAUUGUUUCUCAAAUAAGUUCAUGGGCACUCCAGCACACCUGUAGCAGAUAUUCAGUGGUUUUGAAUUUUUGUUUUAAAUGUGUUGGGACCUCCAAUCAUUUUUUUCCCCAAGAAUCCUUUUGGUGAAAUACUGCAGUAUGCAAAAAGGGAGGAAUGAUUAUUUAAGAUGACAGCAAGACUAAAAGAAAUGAAGGGUUGUACAGAGAGCUUGUGGUCUCCAGCAGCUCUUGAAGGCCAGCCCAUAUUCUUUAUUUAUUCAUAUGGUCAUUAAUGCUUUUUUACCUUAGUUUGGUUAUUUAUUUAUGUGGCCCCUGAUGGGGUUUUUUUGGGGGGGGGGGGGGGGGGGGUCUUGUACAGGUUUUUUGCAGAGGCUGACAUUGUAGUGAUAUUAGUGUCUAUAUUAAUGGAAAGAAAGCAAGGGAAACCUGUGCCUUUUCAUAAAAUAGGAUAUGUGCGUGCAAUUUUUGAUUGUGUUUUUUAUUGCACCUAGGACAUGCUUACUCCUACACACACCUGUUUCAGAUGUCUGAGUCCACUAGAACUGUUUCAGCUUGAUUUCAUAAGUUAUUUCUCAAACAAGAAUCUAUUAUUCUUCACUAAUGUAAUACAAACAGGGAUGGUAACAACGUAUAGAGGACAGAGCCAAUCCACCAACGGCACGAAAUUCAGGAUUCCCGAUUCGAGACAGCAGACCCAGUCUCCAUUUUUUAAAUUUAUUUAUUUAUUUUAAAUUUUAAUCCCUUUAUGGAGCCUUUCCUUUGUCCUUGUGCAAAUUUUUUAAUAAUUGUGUAUAAUUGUCUGCAAAAACAGUGUUGUCUGUGUUGAUUAUCAUGGCAUGUCGUAUAACUGAUAAUUUACAUGAGCCUAGUUGGAAGUAUACCAAAGCGUACAACAAAGCAGAAAUUUGAAAAAUUGAAGCAACAAUAUACUCAAAUGUAUUUCUAUUACUUAUAAGCUAAAUACAGAUCUCUCUUAGUUUUUAAUGAUGCUUUCUUAAAUUCUUCAAUAUUUACCAAUUAGAGCAUUUGAAUAAUUUAUGGAAUAAAAGCAGUUAUUGGUAGUGGACUCUGAAUUCACAGCAUUGUAUUGGUUUGAAUGAUGCAAAAAUCGAUGUGCUGCUACAGUCUUUGAAAAAAGAUUUGUAAUGCUUCUUAAUGCAACCUAUCUUCUCUGCUCUUUUUUUUUUUUUUUUUUUUUUUUUUUUUCUUUUAAACUUAAUACAUGAUAUGACGUUUUUAAACACAAUAAUGGUUUUGUAACAAAUUAUUGCACUUCUCAUCUUUGUGUUUUCUCUUCUCCACAGUCCAGCUAAUUUUGUCCUGUCUUUCUGCUAUCUCUGUAUUUUUAUUGUUCUUUCUACUUUUUUCAAUUUUAAUAAACAAUCCAUUUGGAAAUAAUGUUUGCUAAUA